UAAUAAUAUUUUUAAUGAAAGUUUGUUGAUUUUUGUGUGAAAAUACGCGUUAAAUAACAUAAUUCUUACAUAAAUAAGUCCUCUAAUGUCGCGUUAUAAUAAUUCGAAUUUAAAUGACGCGUAAACCCCACGGAAAUUCGAUUAUUUCGCGUUUGUUGUGAGCCCUGCCUGACUGUUGCUUUCAGCCACAAGGGCGGAUUUUAAAGUGUUUUUAGUGAUAAAUUAGUAAUUAGCCUCCCAAAUGGAUAAGGAAAUGGACCAUUUGCUCCCCCUUUCUUCAGAUGAAUGUGGUGGCAGCGGUGGUGAGCCAGACAGUGACGAAGACAUCGUCACCGACUACCACCAGACUUACCAACAGGGCGAGGGUACUCACCCCGCCAUGUUACCAACGACUACCACCCCCCGGCCACCCUCGGGCCCUUUGCCCACCAUCAGCGUCACACCCCAUUCGCCAGCUGCGGCGCCCCGCACCUACGCCGUCCUCGAGGACAGUCUUCAGCAGGUGCGGGAGCUCCACGAGUCCGUGCAACUAAUGCGAAAUGCCUCGGCAACGCCUGCGCAAACGUCUCGCGAGUUUGCGGCGCUCGCACUCAAUCCGCUAUUGGCUCAGAUGGCGAGGCUGAGUGCGAGUUGUCCCGCUCUAAACGAGGCAGGGGCACAGGAACCGGAGGCUUUCGGGGGCUCUUUGGGGUCCUCGCCGUUGCAUCAGCCUCACAGUCGUAAGGGGAGCGGGGCGCACGACUGGUUGACUCAGCCCGAGCCGCAGAGGAGGAAGUCCUGGACCGCCCUGGAGGAUUUGUCGAACACCGGCAAGAUGAAACACGGCCGGCAAAGAAGCAUCUCCUUAAGCUCGAUGGAAUCCGAGGCGGACGAGUCCUCACUGAUAGACAACGUGGACGGUAGUACCGUAAGGUUAUUGGGGCCGGACGCGGCCCCGUUGAUAAUCCGCCACCGCACCAGGACGGCCACGGGGGGCGCCAGCACCCAUUCGCUUAACGAGGCUGACCUACAGAACGAUUUCAAUAAAUUAAAAGCGAAACGGGAAGCGGAACAGAUGCGCCUCCUACCGGCCAGGUUACCGUUGCAAAAGUCGAUCUCCACCCCGUCGAUUAUCGCCGUGAGGGACUUGGCCCCGGAGCCCGCUUUGGGGGGCGCCCAACCCACUUUACCCAUGGGGAGACCCAGCGGAACCGAGAGCGAAACCGAAGAGGAGGGCAGCAGAUCAUCCAACAUCCCUCACUACGACAUCAACUAUCAGCAGCAUCUGCACGACAUCCCCUACGAUCGGCAUUCGGAAAAGAGGCGAAAAAGAGGCAGCCUCUUCUUCAGAAAAAAGAAGGACAAAACCAAAAAAUUCUCCAGUCACCAGUGGGUCUCGGCCUGCUACGGUUCCUCACACGUAUGUGACGUAUGUGCCAAACCUUUAAGCAAUAAACCCGCGUUGUACUGCGAAUUAUGUGGUACCACCGUACACCAAAACACUUGCAAAGACAACAUCCUGGAGUGUGUCAAUGUAAAAAUGAAAGGGGCUAAAAGUACUAGUAAACUGACCGGUUUCGGCGUUCCGUUAUCCUCAGUGAAGAACAGCGGGUCAAAACGCGGUUCUGGUGUGUCGAACUCGAUGAGCAGCUCGACAAGUCAAAUCCUUUGCGACGACAAGGAUAGCGACUCGCACCAUCACGAGGGAACCAAUUUCGGUGAUGACGUGGCACUGGUCCAAUCCGAGUUCCUCUCGGAUACGACCGUCACGGCCUCCGAUCUCUGUCCGGAUCUGAGCUUGAGACUCCACGAGCCAGAGCCGGACUCGUGGACCCCCCACGUGGGCAAAGAGAUCGCCCGCAAACUAAAAGAGAAAGAGGUGAAGCGACAGGAGCACAUCUACGAGUUCAUUUUGACCGAGAAGCACCACUGUAUGACCUUGCUGGUGAUGCAGAAGAUUUUCGUCGAGGGCCUUCAAAAGUACUUCAAUUUGGGACAGAACUUGGAACGGAUGUUCCCGAGGCUCGCCGACCUGACCGAUUUACAUUUGGCCUUUUUGUCUAAACUCAGGCAGCGUCAGAAGGAGAACCCGGUGGUCAGUUCGAUCGCUGACAUUUUAUUGGAGCUGUUUUCUAAGGAUUACGCCGUCAAACUUAAGUCUGCGUAUGGUGAGUUCUGUAGUAGACACCGCGACGCAGUCGACAUUUACAAGUACUACGUGCAACAAGAUCCGCGAUUCAACGAGUUCGUGCGCCACUGUCAAACCAACCCCCUGUUAAAAAAGAAGGGGAUCCCCGAAUGUAUUUUAUUCGUCACGCAGCGUCUCACCAAAUAUCCCCUGUUAAUCGAACCCCUAAUAAAAACCAGCAAAGAUAAUAAGCGAGAGCAGGAGAUCUUGCAGAGGGCUUUGACGCUGGUCAAAGAGAUAUUGCACGAGGUUGACGGUCAGGUGGCCGAAAAAGAGAAGGAGGAUCGAAAGUUGGACAUUUACCAUCGCAUAGACGCGAAAUCGUUCACGAUCCAUCGCGGGCAUAAGUUUAAAAAAUCGGAUAUUUUACAAGGAAACAGAUCGUUGAGGUUCGAGGGGGUGGCCAUGCUGAUGCAGGGCAGGGGCAAGAUGCAAGUGGUGCUAGUCAUCGUGCUCACCGACGUCCUGUUCUUCUUGCAGGAGUCGAAUAAUAAAUAUUCGUUUUUUACCCCGGACAAUAAGGCUGGAGUGGUUUCGCUGCAGAAGCUGCUUGUGAGGGAGAAAGCAGGCCAAGAGUCCCGGGGGAUCUACUUGAUUUCUUCGAACCCCACCGAGCCCGAAAUGUUCGAGCUUAAAGUGCAUAAACCCAAAGACAAACAGACCUGGAUCAAGGCCAUCAGGGAAGCGGUGCAGGCUUGUCCGGAGGAGGAGGAGGAUCCCUCCAACCUCACCGGUGAGGACCGACAAGGGGGGAUGUCCAACGCCAAACAGAACCAAGUGCGCAAUUUACUCGACGCGGACCUCGAAGUCCUGCUGCGACGCAACGACUUGGAACAGGCGCUCCUGUUGGAGGAGAAAAUGUCGCUACAGCUGCGGCUGUUGGCGGAAUCGGGGCUGGAGCCGCCCUCGCCGCCCGCGUACCGCCACCUGGUCAGCGAGGGGGCGGACACCGGCCAAAUGUGGCGCGAGGUUUUGACCGCCGUCCAGGAGGUGAGUCAGUUGGCGAGUUCUUUGUACACCACCGGUACGAACCUGUCGAGGAGCGUAAGCUCCGCGGGGGAGCACCAGAGCGACGCCUACGUCUCCCCGAUUUUACCGAAAAGGGCGGAAACGUUCGGGGGGUUCGAUAACAACCAGCAGCCGCCCCUGAAACUCAUCGGGAAAAAGUUGCAUCAGCAAAACACGGCGGGCGGCGCCGCGACGCCUCCCUCCGCCGUCGGCACCCCCGAUAUCGAGACUCUAAAGCCUGGAGAUUCAAGACUGUUUGAACGAUUGCCUUAUAGAAACUGUGUGAUAACAGGGAAACCGGGCCUGAUAAACGGCUCGGUGAGUGUAAAUAUCGAGCAACAGGGUGGGGCGGUGCGACCGCCCUCGCAGCAGCAGUUGACCGCCCCCCCGGACGCUCCCGCCCUUUUGUCUUUGGGGCGGGAGCAGCAGUACGCCGCCAUCCAGUUGAGUCACUACGUGUACACCCUCUUGUGUAUCAUUUCCCAGUUGAUGACCACUAAUGGAAGUUUGCAAGCUCAAAUGGUGAACCUGAGGGGGGGCGACAAACAGUACAGGCACAACCAGCAGCUCGAGGAGCUGAGGAACCUGCAGGAUAAAUUGAGCGUGGAAAAGGCGUCGUGGGCGGCCACAAAGGAGCAAGAAGAGAAAGAGAUGGAGGAAAAGAGACAGGAACUGGUGAGGCUGCAGGAGCAAAUCCGGGCCGAACAGAACGACAUAACGCAACAGCGCGAACAGCUGUACAGAAAAAUGGAAGUUCUCACCAGUCAGGGUCUGUUGAUCUCGCCGAAUACGACGAUUCCGGUUACGGGACCGUUGGAGGACAACAGCAGCGAGGACAGCAGUCCUCAGUCCUCCUCGGACACCACCACCUCCUCGGCCGCCUCCACUACUAUCGGAGGUGGUGCUAAUAACAAUAAUAAUAAUAGUAAUCAGACCUCGUCCUCGACCUCCUCCUUAACUUACUCGGCCUCCACGGUGGAUAAAAGGAAAGAGAGCAAAUGGGCGAAAGGCACCAAGCAACAUUUGCCGAUCAACUUGAUCUCGACGACGAAUCAGCAGAAAGUGUCGACGAAUUUGCCGAUCAAGCAGCAGAUCCCGUUGAAGUUGGCCUCGCGGUUGAGUUGCGGCACGGAUUCGCCGAAAUCGCAGGGGCCCGCUGGGCCCCAUCAGAUCUUACCGCUGAAGUUGAGCCAGGACGAGAAGAUACGCAGGACGAGCACCAGCGGGUACCAGAGGCUAUCGGAGAACAGUUUCAGUCCGCCUUCUGAAGAAACGACCCCGACGACCACCUCGCACACCAGGACCGGCUCUAGUCCCGCGAUGAUGCAACAGUCGCCCCCGGGGGGCGGCUGCAGCUCGCAGAGCCCCCCGGGGAGCGGCGGCAAGGCGGUACGCACCAACACCUACCCGAAGUUCCCGGAGAAGUUCAAGGUGAGGGGCGACCAACAGCCGCCCCCCCAAGAGGAGGAGGUCAUCUACUUCUGACGGCUGACCAGCUACUUCGGCUGGUUCAACGUGAAAAGUAAAGUUUGAGGGUGGCAAAGUAGUAGUAGUAGUAGUACAACCGAAAUCGUGGCCAAAAUUACUUAAUUAAUUGAUAAUUAAUUUUUUCCCCGUUAUAUAGUUGUAUAGUUUCGACAAAAGUUGUUGCCUUAAAGAGAAGAAUAUUUUUAAUCGGAGAAGAGUAUAUUAUUAACUGUAGAAUGUUGAUGAUUCGUUUUUUUUUUUAGGGAAAGAAUCUCGUUGUUCUGUGUAGCGGUAAAAGUAGCGCAGGGGGGGAAAGGGAGGGGGGUUUCCGGAGAACGAUCUCCUUGACAAUACUGUCUGAAUCUGCUCUUGCUCUAGUCAAGUUUCCGUUCGUUUCUGAGAGGUACAAUGGGUCCUAAAUUAGGGCCAAGUGGUGUAAAAGUGUGACACUUUUUAAAUCAUUCAUAUUUUUCAGGUCCUAUAGGCUCUUUUGUAGGAAUCGAAACAAAUUUUAUAGGAUGUAAGUGAUCAUCAGAAAAUUGUUGCAAAAAUAAAAAAAAUUGCAAUAUUUACUAACGUUCAAAUCGUUUUUAUAAUUAGGCUCACCGGGCAGUUGGAACUACACUUUUAACAUUUUUUAAUGAAGUUUUUUCAACUGCUGCUAUCAGUUUAUAACAAAAAACGUAUAGGAAUUAAAUUAUUGGUAUUUUUUAUAUGUGUUAUCUCAUUUUGGCACCACUUGACCCUACCCCAGCAAGGUGGAACAUUUGAACUAAUCUGGGCGACUUAGUAGGCGGAAAAGGGCAAAAAGAACUUCGUUUAAUCAGCUUCUUAAGCAGCCCUUUUUUUAUUGAGCCACUUGAAAGUCUUUCAGUUUUUAACAAAUUUCACUGUAUGUCUCAAUUUUUUUUACCCUAGGACCCAUUGUACCACUGAACUAAAAAUUAAAAAAAAAAUCCAUAUAAGUUGUCUUCCCUGUUCUCGAACUAUAAAAUUCUGUGACAAUACGUAGAACUGUUACUCUAAUAUUAAGCUUACUAUGUUUCCCCAAUUUAAUUGAAAGAUAUUUUUCCUAAUAAUCAGAUUACCCGUAGACUAGAUUACGUGUGUCGACGAUAAAAAUCGUGCAAUAUUUUUGAAAUUGCUUCAAAGUUAAUUAACUUUAGGGAAAUUUAAAUCCGGUAGGUUGUAGCAAUAAACAUUUUCGCGUAGUCGUUUAUUAGGCCCUUUUUGUUUUAAAUACAGACGAAUACUUAUUACACGGGGGCUCAGAUAAUAUUUAUCUACUUUCUGAAUCACUUUUCGCCUCUCUAUAGUGUUAUAUUGUGUACAAAAUUCUAUUUUUCCACGUCACAAGGCCUAUUUUUCUAUAUCUUUGUUUCGUUUCGAAGAGACUGUAUAUUCAUCACUUUAUUUAUUUAUUAUUAUUAUAAUUUUUUUAAAUAUAACUCACUUUUGUACGUUUAACAUUCCAUAUUUUUGUAUUUAACAAACAAUACGCGUAUUGGGGUAGUAGAAAGAACUAUUUUAUGUUAUUUUAAACCGUUUUACUUACUUAUUGUAUAUAGGACUAUUUAUUGUAAAUACAUUUAAGUAAAAAAC